GAUCGAGAAAUGGUGGACAAGAGGAGGUCUCCUCUCCAACGUUCUUGUGGUCACAGAUAUAUCGCUGACGCUUGGACGUGAAGAUCAUCAAAGAAUCAUCAUCGUCGUCGUCAAAAGUUGAGAAUGGCGUUUCAAAUUGAAGAGAAUUUUGUUCUCGAUGCCGAUACAAAAGCCUUAGCACUCAAGGAACUAAGGGAAACUGAAGACAAUGUCAAAAAUGGCAUUACUGCUCUUAGAAAACUCUUGGAAGAUGAUACAUCCCUUCACUUUAGAACAGACGAUAGUUUUUUGAUAAUUUUUUUGAGGCCAUGCAAAUUCUAUCCAGACAGUGCAUACGCUUUAAUGAAACGAUGUGCAGAAUUUAAACAAAAUAACGCUUCGUUAUUAAAUAAUUUAAUGCCAGCAGAUGAAAGACAAGCAUUUCUCGAAAACAAUGUUGUGAAUGUCAUGAAAAAUAGGGAUAAUAAAAGAAGAAGAGUUCUUAUUGUAAAUGCAGGAAAAUCAUGGGAUCCAUCUAAAGUCAAUGCUGAUCAAAUGUUCCGUAUCUUUUACCUCAUUCAUGAAGCUGCAGUUCUUGAACCUGAAACUCAGGUUCAUGGCGUAGUUGUAAUCAUGGACUUCGAUGGACUUUCCAUGAAACAAGUUAUGGGCUUGACACCUGCUUUUUGCAUGCGACUUUUGACCUUUAUUCAAGAUGCUAUGCCUCUUCGAUUAAAAGAGGUUCAUUUUGUUAAACAACCAUUCCUCUUCAAUAUGGUUUGGCAAAUGUUUAAACCAUUCGUUAAGGAAAAAUUGAAGAAAAGAAUGUUCUUCCAUGGAACAAAAAUGUCCUCCCUUCAUACUCAUAUGGCUGCUAGUCAUUUACCAAAGAAUUAUGGUGGAGAUUUACCUGAAAUUGAUUACACAGGUGCUGAUUGGUAUCCUGCUAUUCUUAAAUACGAAGACAGAUGCAAAGAAUGGAACACUUUUGGAUUCCGCAAUAAGUGAGCGAAUCGCAUCAGUUUCGUCCAAUGUUCGCGUAUAUAAUUUAAAUGAUAAUUAUCGAUUCAACAUAAUUUUUAUAGUUGUUGCAUUUUUAAAUUAAAUAAAUUUAUUCUAAAUUAUUGUGCAUACGAAUUAGUAUAUUUGGACAAUAAAUUUAUUUUCACAUAUAA